UGGUAAACAAGGGCGUGGAAAAGAGACCUCGGCUGGCGGUGAUGAGGACUCUGGUGUCCGAAGUGCAGCUCGCCCAGCCCUAGCUCAGUGCCGAGCCCUCAGCGUGGACUGUGCUGGCCCCGGGAGCCCCCGCAGGCUCUACCUGAGCGUGCAGCAGGCCCUGCAGGACAAGGGGUGCAAGAGCAAGAGUCAGGGGACGAAAGAAGAGAAGCUCCUGAAGAGGCAGGCGCCGGCCCCCGGGCGGGGCCGGGAGGCCCAGGAAGCUGGUGGCACGAUGAAUGUAGAGAAUACAGGUGGGCGGCUCUUUGGCAGCGGGAGGUGCUCGAGCCUGUCGGGGCCGCCAGGUGCGGCCCCCAUGGUGCAUAGGAUGGUGGAGGCCAUGCCCCAGCCGCAGGAGGAGAAGGCCCGGCUGCAGCAGGAGCUGGCAGCCCUACGGGAGAGGCUGGCCCUCCAAGACAGUGACCAGCAAGCCACAUCCACCCAGCUGCAGAACCAGGUGGAAAGCCUGAAGGAGAAGCUCAUCAGCCAGGCCCAGGAAGUGAGCCGCCUCCGAUCAGAGCUGGGAGGCACCGACUUGGAGAAGCACCGGGACCUGCUGAUGGUGGAGAACGAGCGGCUGCGGCAGGAGAUGCGGCGCUGCGAGGCCGAGCUCCAGGAGCUGCGCGCCAAGCUGGCGGCCCCCUGCGCGGGCUGCGAGCACAGCCAGGAGAGCGCCCAGCUCCGGGACAAGCUGUCCCAGCUCCAGCUGGAGGUGGCGGAGAACAAAAGCAUGCUGUCGGAGCUGAACCUGGAGGUGCAGCAGAAGACCGACCGGCUGGCCGAGGUGGAGCUGCGGCUCAAGGACUGCCUGGCCGAGAAGGCGCAGGAGGAGGAGCGGCUCAGCCGGCGGCUGCGCGACAGCCACGAGACCAUCGCCAGCCUGCGGGCCCAGUCACCGCCCAUCAAGUAUGUUAUCAAAACGGUGGAGGUGGAGUCGCCCAAGACCAAGCAGGCCCUCAAUGAGUCCCAGACCCGGAACCAGCACCUGCAGGAGCAGGUGGCCAUGCAGAGACAGGUGCUGAAGGAGAUGGAGCAGCAGCUGCAGAGCUCGCACCAGCUGACCGCACAGCUCCGGGCACAGAUCGCCAUGUACGAGUCGGAGCUGGAGCGCGCACACGGGCAGAUGCUGGAGGAGAUGCAGUCCCUGGAGGAAGACAAGAACCGGGCCAUCGAGGAGGCCUUUGCCAGAGCCCAGGUGGAGAUGAAAGCCGUGCAUGAGAACCUGGCAGGCGUCCGGACCAACCUGCUGACACUGCAGCCAGCACUGAGGACCCUCACUAACGACUACAAUGGGCUCAAGCGGCAGGUGCGAGGCUUCCCCCUGCUACUACAGGAGGCCCUCAAGAGCGUCAAGGCCGAGAUCGGCCAGGCCAUCGAGGAGGUCAACAGCAACAACCAGGAGCUGCUGCGAAAGUACCGCCGGGAGCUGCAGCUGCGCAAGAAAUGCCACAAUGAGCUUGUGCGGCUGAAAGGCAACAUCCGGGUGAUUGCUCGUGUCCGGCCAGUCACCAAAGAGGAUGGGGAAGGACCUGAGGCGACCAACGCAGUGACCUUUGACCCUGAUGAUGAUUCCAUCAUCCACCUGCUGCACAAAGGAAAGCCUAUAUCCUUCGAGCUGGACAAGGUCUUCUCUCCGAGGGCCUCACAGCAGGAUGUGUUCCAGGAGGUGCAGGCCCUGAUCACCUCCUGCAUUGACGGCUUCAAUGUCUGCAUCUUCGCCUACGGCCAGACGGGUGCUGGCAAGACGUACACAAUGGAGGGGACCCCUGAGAACCCAGGCAUCAACCAAAGGGCCCUGCAGCUGCUCUUCUCCGAGGUGCAGGAGAAGGCAUCCGACUGGGAAUACACCAUCACUGUCAGUGCGGCUGAGAUAUACAACGAGGUCCUCAGGGACCUGCUGGGGCAGGAGCCCCAGGAGAAACUAGAGAUCCGGCUGUGCCCAGACGGCAGCGGGCAGCUGUACGUGCCAGGGCUGACUGAGUUCCAGGUGCAGAGCGUGGACGACAUCAACAAGGUGUUCGAGUUCGGCCACACCAACCGCACCACGGAGUUCACCAACCUGAACGAGCACAGCUCCCGCUCUCACGCACUGCUCAUCGUGACCGUGCGCGGGGUGGACUGCAGCACUGGCCUCCGCACCACGGGGAAGCUGAACCUGGUGGACUUGGCCGGCUCGGAGCGCGUGGGCAAGUCUGGGGCCGAGGGCAGCCGCCUGCGGGAGGCACAGCACAUCAACAAGUCACUGUCGGCCCUGGGGGACGUCAUCGCUGCUCUGCGCUCCCGCCAGGGCCACGUGCCCUUCCGCAACUCCAAGCUCACCUACCUCCUGCAGGACUCGCUCAGUGGGGACAGCAAGACCCUCAUGGUGGUACAGGUGUCCCCUGUGGAGAAGAACACUAGCGAGACUCUCUACUCCCUCAAGUUCGCUGAGAGGGUCCGCUCUGUGGAGCUGGGUCCCGGGUCCCGCAGAGCAGAGCUGGGGUCCUGGUCCAGCCAGGAGCAUCUGGAGUGGGAACCAGUCUACCAGACACCACAGCCCUCAGCACGAGCCCAUUCGGCCCCCAGCUCUGGGACCACUAGCCGCCCAGGCUCCAUCCGGAGGAGGCUGCAGCCCUCGGGGAAGUCAAGGCCAUUGCCCGUGUGAUGGAUGUGUCUACCCUGCCGUGCCAGGGGCUGGGUCCCAAGCCUCACUGACCUGCUCCUGCUGUAGUGCUGGGAGCCUGGGAGGUGGAGGCCAGAGAGGAGCUGCUCUUCUGUCUCCCCCAAGAUGAGAAACAUGUUCAGAAGGAAAUGGUGUCUCAGCUGUGGAUCUUGGUGCAAAUGAUAUGGGCUGGGAGGGCAGGGAUGGCCGGCUCCACCUGGCAGGCCCAGACCCUCAAGAGUGACCCCUUGUGGGGAGGGCAGCAGUGUUGGGAGGGUGGCCCUCGCCGGGCUGGCCCAGCGCUCCCAGCCCGCAGGGUGCCCUCUUUGGUGGGUGGCUGAGGAGCCCCUGGGAGGCACAGGAACCAUGGGAAUGGGCUGGUUGGUGGGCACCCUAGGGACAGUCCAAGGGGGCCCCCACACUGGGCAUGUAUCUAGUGUUCGUUGGUGUACAUAAGAGCAAGGCCCUGCCUGUCAUGGGCCGGGCUGUAUUUAUGACUGGCAGGAGGCCAGAGGGCGGGGAUUCUGCUGCUCCCGUCAUCUGGAAUCAGGCUCUCCCCUUGCUCACUGGCCUCUUGACAUUUUCCUCUCCCUGAAGUCCUAUUUAAGAACUUUUGGAACUUAGCCAUUUUUACUUAUUAAAAUAAAAGCCUUUUUACACAA